AUGGGGAAGUUGAGCAUUGUUGCUGGAAUGGCACCAUCGAACCCAUGUCUGGACGCGUCUCAAACAAAUUCAGCGCUCCAAAUGCAGGUGUUCAAGAUGACACUGGAUACCAAACGAACAAACCGCGUCGCCUCCGCCGUCACCUUCUUCACCACCCCACGCAACGCGCCCUUCAUCCGCGCCGGGUUAGUCGGCACCGGCGCCGCUGACAUCGUCGAGCUUCCGUUCCCCUCUGAGGACGCCCCGCAGAGCACGGACGAGCUCCCGUCCUUGACGCAUCUCGUCGACUUCGUUUCCGUGGUGGCGGCGCUCGGCCCUGCGUUCGCGGACGCGCUCACCGCGCUCGAGCCCAGGCCGGACAUGCUCGUCCACGACGGCUUCAUCGUGUGGGCCAAGGACGUCGCCGACAAGCUCGGCAUGCCGCUGCUCAUCACCCUCGGCAUCGGCGGCUUCACCUUGUACGUCUACGGGGCGGUCAUGACGCACAAGCCACAGGCACUCCUGAGCUCGCCGACCGAGCCGUUCCCGGUCCCCGCCUUGCCAGACCUCUGCAUCACCAUGGCCGACCUCGGCCGGCCCUUCGACGUCCCGGAGCCGGCCGGCCCGCACUGGUACUUCGUGUGCGAGAGCUGCAACAACAUGUACUCCAGCAGGGGCAUCAUCGCCAACUCCUUCAGCGAGCUCGAGUCGGUCUACAUUGACCUGUGGAACAAGAACCGGGGGUUCGACAUCAAGAUGUGGCCGAUCGGACCGCUCUGUCUUGCGGUCCCCAAACCGGCAGUCCAGAGCAAAGACGACCGUGAGAUCUCGGACUGGCUGGACUCGAGGCUCGCCAUGGACCGGCCGGUCCUCUACGUCGCGUUCGGCUCACAGGCCGAGCUGAGCCGGGCGCAGCUUGAGGAGAUCGCCGUCGGGUUAGACCACUCCGGCGUAGACUUCCUAUGGGUGGUCCGGUCCAAAUGGUUCGACAAGGGGAUCGGUUUUGUUAGAUAA